ACGAAAAAAGAAAUACUUAUAGACAGGAGUAUCCCACAACGAACAUUCGUUAAUUGUCGGUGUCAAAAAUCAAAUCUAUUUCCGAUGGACAAACUAGAUUUCAAAAUAUUAUUGUACUUACUGAAGCCUAAAUAGGAUCAACUUCGUACAAAAUGUGUACUAACAUCAACGUGACUUUGCCCACUGUAGUAUCGUUUUUACUAUUAUAUUCUUUAAGAUGUGGAUGUAUAAUCAUUUUGUUAUGGACUUUGCUUCGUGCGCUAUUCUUCUUGGUAUGGUGUAUGAUCACAGCCAUAGAAACAUUCUUGCCCCGGCCGCCGCCCCUCGGGGCAAUCUACCCAGAGAAACCAGGGUUACCUACCACGGACGACAACUAUUUCUUCGCGUUCGUCUCUUAUUUAAUAAUGAUUGUCACAGAAAGCUUUCUCACAAUAUUCACCAUUUAUUUAGGCAUGGGAUUGUAUUAUGACUCGCCAGGGCGUAUCGAACAGUAUUUAGUAUGCAGGUUUUGCACGUGGCUGGCCGAAAUUGUUGUUCUAGUGGUGUUGUGUCUGACGCACAACUACCUCAUUGGAUGGUACUUGGUGUUUCUCAUGAUUGUCAUUUUGGAAUUUUACGCGUUCAUCGUUGUGUACAGUUACUAUGUCGAUAUAGUGGAAGAGAAAGCAGCAAAGCAAGACAAUCGAUCGACAGACCCUACAACCUGUUGUUCGUGUUGAAUACAAUGUGUUACGUUUGGCAGAAUCGAAAAUAAAUGCUUCG